GAGGCGGUGUAGUGAGUGGAAGUGGAUAACGGGACUGCUGCUGGGGGCUGGGGGCGGGAGGGAGGUGCUCAUCAGCUGGUCGCUGCUCUUCACCACAGUCUGACUGGAACGGCCACCCCAGUAACAUCUAGGCCACGGCAGUAUAUAACCUGUGAUGAUGUUCGUAUAUUUAUGUUAGAAUGUUCAAGUUGAAGAACUGAUUCUACUUACAUUUGUGAAUGCUGGAAGGAAGAGUUCUAAACUCAAUGACUUUUUUACCUGACUUACAGUAGAUACAAGAUAUCCAUCUAAAUUUAUACAUUCCGCCGGACAUUCAGUUUUGUGAGUAAUCUGUGACAGUAUUUACGAAGUGCGCGCGGGAGAAGGCAAUUCAAGAGUAGGAGACAAAAUUUGUCAUCCUAAUUUACAAGAUGUGGAAAAGACAGUGGGAGGUGUGGGUGGUGGUGAUGGUGACGCUGGUGGCGUGGGCGACGGGUGGAGAGGUCGCACAGUUACCCACACCAUCAAGCUAUUCCACAAAUACAGCCACUACUCGCCUGAAAGAGGUUCAGAAGAAGUUCUUGGAUGUAAUAGGAAACUCAACAUCGUCCAUGCAUAGUAUAUUAGAUUUAAUGAGUCUGUUGCACUCUGACACCGGUCGUGAGCUGGGGCAGCUACUGAUGGAGGGCGUCAUACUAGGGGCGAAGCAGAAGAAUUCUGCCACACUCCUCUAUCAGUUCUGGAGUGAAUUGCAAGAGCGAGUCCCUCCUGAGUUAACAAAAACUGUGGAUGACUACCGCGACUUCUUCUCUGGAAUGGACUUGAUGACGCUGCCGUUGGUGUGGGAACAGUUGUUUCAGAAGAACGAGCUUGGCAACAGCUUGGCAGGAAUGCCGUUGGGCCAACUUGUGGAGUUGGUACAACCUACAGCUUCUAGAUAUGGCAUAGAUAUCCGGGCUUUCGUAAACUCCCUCGUGGGAAAGGGGGAUAACAAUGUUAGGGAUCUCAUAAUCAGCGUCAUGAACAACUUCGACCUAUCAUCUUUAAUGAAUAUUUUCUUAAAUUCAACAUCUGGAGCCACAGCAGUGCAGAAGAAAGACACCGAUUUCAAGACAAAUGCCAACGUUCGCUUCGGAAAUGAAGAAAAACCCCAAAAGGGAAAAGCAGACAAAACUCUGCAACUGUUCAGGCCGUUGGUGGCAUCUUUACUACGUGAAAACGACUUGGAUCUGGACGCUGACGCGGUGCUGAAGGUGGUAACGCCUUUCAUUACUGGGAACCUGCAGGCCCAAGCCGCCCCCUUCUUAUCAAUGUUGGGUUCCCAGGCUCCCGUUAUCGCUAACUUAUUACGGGGUGGAGAAGGCCAGCAAAAUAUACAAAACCAGAUGGGCAAUCUUAUUGGAGGACUGGGCGCAUUGAUGGCCGGUGGAGGCAAGGACAAGAUGGACUUUCAGGAUAUGCUGGGUAUGGCGUCUAUGUUCAUGAACACUUUUAAGCCUGCCAGAAACAAGAAAAAGGACAAAAAGGAAACUCCUAACACUGGUUUUGAUCUGAACACACUGGUAACUUUUGCAGGUCAAUUAACAGGUAAAAGCGAUAUUAACAUAGCUUCAAUUUUGAAAGCUACGUCCAAUUUCCUCUCUCCAGACAAAGUGAAAAAUAAAAAUCAAACCAACAAAAAGCAUAUCCAACAAAAUAUUAAACAGUCAACCAUCGAGAAGCAAGAACCUCCCAAAGAAAUAAUUGACAAAUCUCAGCAUAAUAAGAAAGCAAAUGUCGACCACAAGCCUAAAGCCACGUCAAAGAAAAAUAUAGCAAAUAAUCUCAUUAACGUCAUUGAGCCGAUUUUGCUGUCAAUGCAAACUGACCAGAAAUGUAACAAGAAGAUUAAGGAUGCUAUCUCAUUCGGGAAGUCUAUGUUGCACAGCCGGAUGUCCAGCUUAUUUGACAUUGACAUACUGUUAUCCUACAUCUUGUCUUCGCUGGGAGAUGGAAACGCCGAAGGGCUCGGUACGGAGGGUAUGGUGGCUUCCACAAAGGAAGCCUUGGCUCACGCCAGUUGGAACGACUUUUUCGAAAACUUAAUAAACAAAGAAUACCGAGAGACGCUUAUACAAAAAAUCUCCCCAUACAUUUCGGACAUAGUGAUUGCGUUAUCCAAACAAGAGUCUCAGGACAAACUGUAUGAAAUGGCAGUCUCUAAGAUCGAUGACUUCUUCACUGAGAACGGUAUGCGAGGAGUCACACUCAAAAACUUCCCGGCGCGCCUUGCCCCCAUCAUCGGUAUGCUGGCCAAAGGCUGGAACCUGCCCUUCAACCCCACCAUCAUCCUAGUUCCGCUGCGGGACUACAUAACAGGCCUUCUGGUGUGGGCCAAGGCUGGCCUUGUACAUGUUCGCACCCUCUCCAAAAAGCACGUGGGGCACUUGGUGGAGACCUCGCUGAGGGAGGUGGUGAUGGAGGCGGUGAUGAGGGUGAUGUUCGUGGCCAGGAAGGCACCACCACAGUGUCUACCACAGCUGCUGUGUCGACUAAAUGCGGACCUCGACCCCGACUCGCUAAGAGCAGCUGUCACCCGUUCUGCCAGUUUGAUGAUAGCUUCAGGUCCUCUCCUUGAGCAGUCCGACUCGACAUUAUUGGUGAAAACUUUACAAGCUAUAUCUGGUAGCAAUGACCAUUGUGAGGAGACAUUCCCAGGACACUGUAUUAUGGAAAAAAGUGAUGAUGACAGUGACGAAGCAAUGAGCUUUGACUAUGAACACCAAGAAUUGUAGGGAAAUUUGUGCAUGAUGAUAUAAAACUAUUCAGAAUUAUAUUAAGAAAUAAGAUGAUGUUACCAAAUACUCCGGAAAGCAAACUCAAUGCCUAGACAAUCCUAGUAUGUGACAUCGUUGUUACUCCUUUCCCACUUGCAUCAAGUCAGGAGCUGUAUGGAUGGAAACUAUGGAAAAGCAUCAAAGGAAAAAAUGACCAAGAUUAAAUACUGUGUCCUACAUAAGAAACAAUAAGUGAAAAUACUGUCCAAUGUGGUUCAUUAACAAGGUACAGUAAAUCAGUGAUACUAGUGGUAAGUAAAACUGUCAGUGUUCGGAUACUGUGUUAACUGAAAACAUUAAACUAAAAUAGAAAGAUUUUUAAUUAAAAUUUAAUAGACUGAAACAAAAAUAAUUUAAAAAAGCUGUACACAAAUGAUAGCAUGCACCUUUCAGAUUAGUAAG